CUACAGCUAGUUAUCAAAUAAACUAUCUUUGACUAUUCAUACUUUUCAAUUGCUUGAAUUAACCUUGUUUAAUAACGUCUUCUUCUCAGCUUAUAGUCCCAAAAUUACAAUCGUCAUGGCGGAAUCAAGAAUGGAUGAUCAAGGGCCCCGAAGCAGUCCAGAGAGUACCUCAGUAUCUCACCCGGAGAUCGUAGCUCAAGUCACAGAGCAUCACCUACGAGGUCCAGAGCAUUCGACAGGAUAUCCCACUGCAAACUAUUCCGAAGAUCUCGAGGACAAGUACGACUCCGACGGAAAGUCCUCGAUAGAGAUCCCCGGUCUUCGGUCCACAAGUAGUAGGACGAUUGCAACGGAAUCAAACAUACCUGCAAGCAGAUAUGCUAGUGCCCAUGAGCCUUCUAUUGCUGCUCGGCAUCAAUCGGGCCAGGGUGGUGACGAUCUAGAUAUCGAGAAACAAGAGUCUCGACAGCCACAGUUGGAAGCUGGAGAUCCCAAUCUGGUGGACUGGGACGGACCAGAUGACCCUGAGAAUCCGAUGAACUUCUCUAGAUCGAAAAAGUGGACGAUAACGAUGCUAUUGGGCUUCGUCACUUUCUGUAUUACUUUUGCAAGUAGUGUGUUCAGUACUGCAACGAUACAGACAGCAAAAAAGUUCAACGUUUCAAAUGAGGUUAUGGUGCUUGGUACAUCACUUUUCGUCCUCGGCUUUGCUGUUGGACCCCCGAUAUGGGGUCCAUUGUCCGAACUCUAUGGCCGCAAAUACCCACUGUUCAUCGGAUUCUUCAUAUUCGCCAUCUUUCAAAUCCCAGUCGCUGUCGCCCAGAACCUUCAAACCAUUAUGCUAUGUCGCUUCUUCGGAGGUGUCUUUGGAUCAGCCCCAUUGGGGAUCGUAGGUGGCCAGCUCACUGACUUCUGGAGUACUCUAGACAGAGGCGUGGCGAUGACCAUCUUCGCUGGUGCCACCUUCAUUGGCCCUGUCGCCGGUCCUAUAAUCGGUGGCUUCAUUGUACAGAGCCAUCUCGGUUGGAGAUGGACAGAAUACAUCACUGCAAUCAUGGCCUUCUUCUUCGGAGCCGUCGCCUUCAUCUUUGUCCCAGAGACAUUCGGUCCAGUCCUCCUCUCCCGACGUGCCCAACGCAUACGAUUCGAAACCCGCAACUGGGCUAUCCAUGCCAAAGCCGACGAACAGCAGGUGGACCUGAAGAACAUCGCUGAGAAGUACCUCCUCCGACCAUUCGUCAUGCUUAUCCGCGAACCGAUCCUCGAUCUCGUCACUCUGUACAUGGCACUCAUCUAUGGCAUCCUAUACCUCUUCUUCGAGGCCUACCCCAUCGCCUUCCAGGAAGAGCGCGGCUGGAACUCUGGUGUUGGGGCUCUACCCUUCCUUUCCAUCACCAUCGGUGUCCUGCUAGGCGGUUCAAUCAUCGUGUAUCUCACAAAAACCCGUUUCGCCCGCAAAAUCAAGGAACACGGUCAUCUCGUCCCCGAGGAACGUCUCAUUCCCAUGAUUAUCGGCGGUGCACUCUUCCCAAUCGGCAUGUUUUGGUUCGCGUGGACAUCGAACAAGAACAUCACAUGGGUGCCGCAGGUCCUCGCUGGUAUUCCUAUCGGCGCUGGUGUACUCAUGAUAUUUCUUCAGGGGUUGAACUACAUCAUCGACGUAUACCUCAUGUAUGCCAACAGCGCUAUUGCCGGAAACACGUUCAUUAGAAGCCUGUUUGGUGCUGGCUUCCCUUUGUUUGCUACAGCUAUGUAUCAUACCUUAGGUGUUAAUUGGGCAACCAGUCUAUUGGCUUUCUUAACUGCAGCGUUGUUUCCUGUUCCAAUAUUAUUCUACAUCUACGGGGCGAAGAUUAGGAAGCUAUCAAAAUACUCACCUACUGCAUAAUUUUUUCUCUGGCAG